GAUUCAGCUUGUUUUUCUGGUUAACCACACAACCAUAUAGAUAGAUGCAGCAGCAACACUAAUAAGUAGCUAGGAUUUGUAAUUCCUAGCAGCUUCAGAUUCUAUUAAAAGGCUUUUUUUUUUUUCUGCUCAGUGGUUGGGCACAGUGUCAAUCAAUUUGUUCCUUGCAAGUUCAGGUGACAAUGUCCUCCUCAAGGACUAGUCCAUCAUCCAGCAAAAAUGCAGACAGAUCAAGACACAGUGAUAGGGUUAUUGCUCAGACCCCUGUAGAUGCAAAACUUCAUGCAGCUUUUGAGGAGUCUGGUAGUUCCUUUAACUACUCCAAUUCAGUGAGGUUUUCUUCUGGUACAGCUAGUGGAGGAGAACAUCAACCAAUGUCUGACACAGUAACAACAGCUUAUCUCCAUCAGAUACAGAAAGGCAAGCUGAUCCAACCUUUCGGGUGCUUGCUAGCUUUAGAUGAGAAAACAUGCAAGGUCAUUGCCUAUAGUGAGAAUGCACCUGAAAUGUUGACCAUGGUUAGUCAUGCUGUCCCCAAUGUUGGUGACCACCCUGCUCUUGGCAUUGGCACUGACAUAAGAACUAUUUUCACUGCCCCAAGUGCUUCUGCGUUACAGAAGGCACUAGGAUUUGGGGAGGUUUCACUUCUUAACCCCAUCCAAGUCCAUUGCAAGACUUCCGGAAAGCCCUUUUAUGCAAUUAUCCAUCGCGUUACUGGUAGUUUGAUCAUCGAUUUUGAGCCAGUCAACCCUCAUGAAGUUCCCAUGACUGCAGCAGGUGCCUUGCAAUCUUACAAGCUUGCAGCAAAAGCAAUAACUCGAUUGCAAUCUUUGCCUAGUGGGAGCAUGGAAACGCUAUGUAAUACAAUGGUUCAUGAAGUUUUUGAACUCACAGGUUAUGACAGGGUGAUGGUUUAUAAAUUUCAUGAGGAUGAUCAUGGGGAAGUGAUUGCUGAGGCCACAAAACCUGGCCUAGAGCCAUAUUUGGGUUUGCAUUAUCCAGCCACUGAUAUCCCCCAGGCUUCACGCUUUUUAUUUAUGAAGAACAAGGUCCGCAUGAUAGUUGAUUGUCGUGCAAAGCAUGCGAAGGUGCUUCAAGAUAAACAAAUUCCAUUUGAUUUAACUUUGUGUGGAUCAGCCUUAAGGGCUCCUCACAGUUGCCAUUUGCAGUAUAUGGAGAACAUGAAAUCAAGGGCUUCCCUGGUUAUGGCAGUUGUGGUCAAUGACAGUGAUGAAGACGGGGAUAGCUCUGAUGCUGUUCAGCCACAAAAGAGAAAGAGACUCUGGGGUUUAGUAGUUUGCCAUCACACUACUUCCAGGUUUGUUCCCUUUCCUCUUAGGUAUGCUUGUGAAUUUCUGGCUCAAGUAUUUGCCAUCCAUGUGAACAAAGAAUUAGAGUUAGAAUGUCAGAUUAUUGAGAAGAAUAUCCUGCACACCCAAGCACUCUUGUGCGAUAUGCUGAUGCGAGAUGCACCCCUAGGUGUUGUAACGCAGAGCCCUAAUAUAAUGGAUCUUGUGCAAUGUGAUGGAGCAGCCCUCUUGUAUAAAAACAAGGUAUGGAAAUUAGGGGUAACACCAAGUGAAUCCCAGAUACGAGAGAUAGCACUAUGGCUCUCUGAAUGCCAUAUGGAUUCCACAGGUUUGAGUACAGAUAGCUUGUCUAAUGCCGGGUUCCCAGGGGCUGCUGCUCUUGGUGAUAUUGCAUGUGGAAUGGCAGCCGUGAGAAUAGCUUCCAAAGACAUAGUUUUCUGGUUUCGGUCACACACUGCUGCAGAAAUCCGAUGGAGUGGUUUAAAGCAUGAAAGAGAUGAUGGUAGGAAAAUGCAUCCAAGAUCAUCAUUCAAGGCUUUCCUUGAAGUUGUGAAGACAAGGAGCUUACCAUGGAAGGACUAUGAAAUGGAUGCUAUUCAUUCAUUGCAACUAACACUGAGAAACGCAUUCAACGAUACAGAGAGUAUGGAUAUAAACACUAAUGCUAAUGAUACAAGACUAAAUGGUUUGAAGAUUGAAGGGAUGCAAGAACUGGAAGCGGUGGCAAGUGAGAUGGUUAGGUUAAUUGAAACAGCAACUGUGCCAAUUCUGGCAGUUGAUAUUGACGGGAUGGUCAAUGGAUGGAAUGCAAAAAUUGCUGAGUUAACAGAUCUUCCAGUUGCGGAAGCUAUUGGAAAGCAUUUACUCACGCUUGUUGAGGAUUUUUCAACAGAUAGAGUCAAGAAGAUGUUGGAAAUGGCACUGCAGGGUGAAGAAGAGAAGAAUGUCCAAUUUGAGAUCAAAACACAUGGUUUGAAGAUUGAUUCUGGUCCUGUCAGCUUGGUAGUUAAUGCUUGUGCAAGCAGGGAUCUUCAAGAUAAUGUUGUGGGGGUUUGUUUUGUGGCCCAAGAUAUAACUGCUCAGAAGACAGUCAUGGACAAGUUCACCCGGAUUGAAGGAGACUACAAGGCAAUUGUACAGAACCCAAACCCAUUGAUCCCCCCAAUAUUUGCCACAGAUGAAUUUGGCUGGUGUUGUGAAUGGAAUUCAGCUAUGACAAAAUUAACUGGAUGGACGCGAAAGGAGGUGAUGGAUAAAAUGCUCUUAGGAGAGGUUUUUGGGACCCAGAUGGCUUGUUGUCGUCUAAAGAAUCAAGAAGCUGUUGUUAAUUUUAGCAUUGUACUUAAUAAAGCAAUGACUGGUUUGGAUACAGAGAAGGUUGCUUUUGGUUUCUUUACUCGGAAUGGGAAGUAUGUAGAAUGCCUGCUUUCUGUGAGUAAGAAAUUAGACAUAGAGGGUGUAGUUAAUGGGGUGUUCUGCUUCUUGCAGCUAACUAGUCCAGAGUUGCAACGAGCACUACAUAUUCAGCACCUAGCUGAACAGACUUCCUCGAAGGCAAUGAAAGCUUUAACUUAUGUGAAAAGGCAAAUCCGGAAUCCUUUAUGUGGUAUUGUGUUCUCCCAGAAAUUGUUAGAGGAUACUGAGUUGGGAACUGACCAAAAACAACUUCUGCUCACUGGCACACAGUGCCAACGCCAGCUUAGCAAAGUUCUUGAUGAUUCAGAUCUUGACAGCAUCGUGGAUGGCUACUUGGAUUUGGAGAUGGUUGAAUUCACAGUGCAUGAAGUUUUGGUUGCCUCCCUAAGUCAAGUCAUGACAAAGAGUAAUGCAAAGGGUAUCCAAGUAGUCAAUGAUGUUGCACAGCAGAUCUUGGCUGAAACCUUUUAUGGUGAUAGUCUUAGGCUUCAGCAGGUCAUAGUAGACUUUUUAUUAAUUUCCAUCAAUUUUACACCAACUGGAGGUCAGGUUGUUGUAGCAGCCUCUUUAACCAAAGAUCAGUUAGGGAAAUCAGUCCAUCUUGCUAAUUUGGAGCUCAGCAUAACACAUGAUGGCAUUGGGGUGCCAGAAGCAUUGCUGAACCAGAUGUUUGAACAUGAUGGACAUGAAUCCGAGGAUGGUAUUAGCCUCCUGGUCAGCAGAAAGAUGCUAAAGCUCAUGAAUGGAGACGUACGUUAUAUAAGGGAAGCAGGCAAAUCAUCUUUCGUAUUAUCUGUUGAACUAGCCGCAGCCCAUAAGUUAAGGACAUAAAAUGAUACAAUCAAAUAUUUUGUACAUAAGAAAGUGAAGGGAGCAAGAAACAUGAUACAAUAAGUUUUAUUCCACUUGGCACAUUUUUAUAACUCCUUGUAACUUGUAAGGUGUAGAUAUUUAUUAGUAUCUAUAUGAGUUGGAAGUCUGACAUUGGUUAGUUUAUUUUGUAAUUUGCCCCAUUCCAUAGGGAUGUAGAAGGCUGGUUUAUUGCUAUAUUAUAGUAUAAAAUUAAAG